GUCCGUAGGGCGCAACGGACCUUAUAACUGGCGGACUCCAGAUAAAAGAGUUAGCUAGAUUUAAGGAGUAUGUUGGGGUCCGUGCUCCUUAAGCUCCCUGCUGCAUUGCCACAUUCCCACACCCCACAACAUAAUAAGGCGGUUUUGUCUCGUAGAGAGAGAGAAAGAGUGUGAGAAGAAGUGAGAGAGAGAGAGAGAGAGAAAAACAAGACAAUGGGGAAAUCUAACUCCUGCUUCAAAAUUAUCACAUGCGGCAACGAUUCAGCGGACAAAGACGAUCUCGAAGUUUCUGAGAGCAAGGGUUCAGGUGACAAACGUGGCUGGAGUUUCCGUAAGAGGUCUGCACGGCAUCGAGUGCUAAGCAACACUGUGAUCACCGAAACCCCCACUUCAGGGAAUAAGGAGAGCCCAGAAUCUGCCCCUCUUACUUUCCAAUCACCGGCUAGCACGACUGUUCCAGAGAAAGUAUCUGUAAUACAAUGCACCGAUGAGAAACCACAGUUGGUGACUCCUGAGAACCCAAAAGUUUCUACAACUGAAGAUGCCUCCGAAGAUCAAAGCAAGGUUGAGGACAAACUGGAUGAGUCUGCUGUUGUUGUUGUCCAGACUGCUGUUAGAGGAUUAUUGGCUCAAAGAUCAUUGCUGGAGCUGAAAAAUGUAGUCAAGUUGCAAGCUGCUGUCCGUGGCCAUUUGGUGCGUAGGCAUGCUGUUGGAACUUUGCGUUGUGUUCAAGCCAUUGUCAGAAUGCAAGCUCUUGUUCGUGCUCGUCAAUCUCUUCAGAAGGAUAACCAUAGUUCAAAAACCUCGAAGAAGGCAAAUGUAACCUACAUUUCCAUUGAAAAGCUACUUAGCAAUAGCUUUGCCCGCCAGCUCUUAGAAUCAACACCGAAGAACCAACCUAUUCAUGUUAAGUGUGAUCCUUCUAAGCCUGAUUCUGCUUGGAAAUGGUUGGAAAUGUGGAUGUCAGUCUCAACGAAGGAUACUCCACAUUUAAACGAGGCAGUAUCAGUGGUAGAGCAACAGGUAUCAGUGGUAGAGCAACAGGAAACAGAAAAGGAAGAAAUUCCCGAGUCUCCACGUGAAUCUAAAACUCAAUAUUGUGAGAUGGAUGAAUCAAAUUCCAGCAUAAGGGAGAUUGCGCUUUCUGAAAGUGAAGAAAGUCUGAUUACUUAUGAUGCCGACAACUUGAACUUUCAGGCAAGCCAUUCUACCCCUUAUACAGUGAGAGACAAUAAUGAGCAGCCUCAGUUGGAGAACACCAGUACAUCUGCUGUGAAAGAGACCCCAGUAGAAAUAAAUCUGUCAGAUGCAGAUUCUAACAUGGAGUUCAAAGCUUUAUCUGGGAAACCUGUAAUCGAAACUGAACAACCUAAACGUUCUAUGAAAAGAUCUGCCACAGAACAACUGGAAACUGAUGGAAAGAAAUCUGUAUUUGGAUCCAGAAAUGUGACUAAUCCUGCAUUUAUUGCUGCUCAGUCAAAAUUUGCAGAGCUGACCUCAACAACCAAUUCAGCUAGGUCGAUCAGUUCAUCUCCUCAAGAUGUUUCUGGAGUUGAACCACAAAGGGACACAUUCUCAUCUGAGGUGGAUACUGAAGUCAGAGCAAAGGAGCUAAGUGUAGCAGAGAAUCCAAUCCCCCAUGGAUCACAAGUUCAAGUGGGUGGUUCUGAGUGUGGCACUGAAAUUUCUAUUUCUUCCACUCUUGAUUCGCCUGAUAGAUCUGAUAUUGGAGCCAUGGAGCGUGACCAUGACCAUGAUGCAAAAGUUUUGGAGGAAAGGAUUUGCAGUCCAAAAAAUACAAGAAACAUUGAUGUUGAAACUAAGGAUUUCCUGGAAACCCCAGUCUCCAACUUAUGUAACGCUGUUGCAGAACCCGAGAAAAUUGGUGCUGUCAAUGGUGAAACCAUAAAUUCUGAGGUUGCUAUGGUCUCCCCACAAACAGAGUCAAAGCCAGAGAGAACCACAUCUGAUGUACAGAGAGAACAGGACACUGAAGCAAGUAUGCAAGCAUAUGGUUCAUCCCCAGAAGCCUCACCAAGAAGCCAUUUGACUGUCCCUGAAUCACAGCAAGGGACACCUUCUAGUCUGGUAUCAGUGAAAGGCAAAAGGAACAAAGGUGACAAGGAUGGAUCCAAUAAAAAACGUAUGUCCCUGUCUGCAGGAAAGAAAUCGCCCUCUAAUCCAAAUCAUGAUUCUGGCUCAAGUAAAGAUCAUAAAAAUGGGAAGAGACGCAAUUCAUUUGGUUCGACUAAACCUGAUCAGGCUGAUCAAGAACCAAGAGAUAGCAGCAGCAGUAGUUCUAUUCCUCAUUUCAUGCAAGCCACAGAGUCUGCUAGAGCAAAGCUUCAAGCAACUACCUCUCCCAGAUCGAGUCCAGAUGUGCAAGACAGGGAGAUUUACAUCAAGAAGAGACAUUCCUUACCUGGUGUGAAUGGAAGGCAGGGAUCUCCUCGCGUCCAGCGGUCCAUGUCUCAGGCUCAGACACAGCAGGGUGCAAAGGGCACUGAGAGAAAAUGGCAAAGGUGAAGAACUGAAGUGAUGAGACAUCUGAAAGAGAAUGGUGGCAGAUGACCAACUCCGUUAACUGGAAAUUUGGAGUCUGUCGAUUACGUGACUGGUAGCUAGUUUUUCCCUGCUUGGAUAGCGCCUUAGUUAACCCACGCUAGUUACUGGAGUUCUAUAAAUAUAUGAAACUGAGCGAGGUUUUCAUGUACAUUUUCUUUUCUAUUAUCACUGCUGCUAUUGUUCAUUAUUGUUUUCUGUAACUUCUUCCAAAUGGUAUAAAUCUGCGUGUGAUAUUGUUUGGGUUUGGUACAGAUGCUUAAGCUUGGUUGUGGCCAUAGUUUGAGGCAACUACAUAUAAGGUGAAGAGCUUUUGAAAGCUUUUUGCCAGGUGUUAUUGUAAUAAAAUUGAAUCUCUCUAUUUUUUGGUGUUA